AAAUCGAGACUCGGAUUCAGACAGUGCCGAGUUCUGUAACCGCCCAGACAGCAAAAACCAGCAUUAUAAUCUAAAUCCACAAUGUCCCUCACUGAGCAAUUCAAUGCCGCCGCCGAGAAGGUGAAGACUCUGACCAAGCGUCCCAGCGAUGAUGAGUUCCUCGAACUCUAUGCCCUCUUCAAGCAGGCCACCGUUGGCGACAACGAGACCAGCAAGCCCGGCCUUCUGGACCUGAAGGGCAAGGCCAAGUGGGAGGCCUGGGGCAAGCAGAAGGGCAAGUCCACCGAGGCAGCACAGAAGGAAUACAUUGCCUUCGUCGAGACUCUGGUUGCCAAGUAUGCCUAAGCGCAAGGCCUGAGCCAAACUAAAUUGAUUUUAUACAACAACUAGUGAGACUAAAUCUAUUUAAACAUAUAUUGUAGAUAAUACGGAAAGAGAUCUUCUUAAUGCCUAAUAAAACCUGAUUACUAACUUUUGUAUACCCGAAAA